GAAGUACACGUCAGUUGAAAUGUUCUGUGUAUGUGUGCAUUGUUGUCGUUUUGCCGCUGAACAUUCUAUCCAAAUCUUUCAAAAACAGAUCACUGGAGACAAUUCCUAAAAUUUAAGAUAUUCUGUUGACCGCAAGUAAAAGUGAUACUUCCAAAAGGAAUGAGGAAAAAGAGCCUGUUAGUUUCUACACUCCUGUUGUUCCUAUCCAUCAUUACCCAAAACGGUGCCGAUAUACCUCAGUCGGUUCCAAAUUUGCUGUCCACAAAAAAAGAACGGCAAAAGUCGGAAAAACUUCCGCCCUGUAAAGCAUGCUCGGUGUUGGUAAACUCUUUUCGCGAUGGUAUGAAACGAACCGAGCGGUCCAAGCACGAAGGUGGCGAUGCUGCUUGGGAAGAAGAUCGGCUCGGUAGUUACAAAACAAGUGAACUCCGCCUGGUUGAAAUUCAGGAAAGCCUCUGCCGGGAUGUAUCCCGUGGAGAGGACCAGUGUCAUCAAUUGGCCGAGGAAUAUGAAUCACUAAUCGAAGAGUGGUGGAAGGUACACCAAAGCCAUCAACCAGAACUGCAUUUGUGGCUCUGCGUUGAGCAGGCCAAAGUUUGCUGUCUUGAUGGAUUCUUCGGUCCAGCAUGCGAACCGUGUCCCAGUUGCUUCGGUAAUGGAAAAUGCAAAGGGAAUGGGACUAGGAAGGGAAACGGCAAAUGUGUAUGUGAUGAGGGAUACGCUGGUGACAACUGCGAAAGCUGUGACUUGGAGUUCUACGAGGCGUUUCGGGACACAGAGAAGCUGCUCUGCACCAAGUGUCAUAAAGCUUGCGCGACCGGAGGUUGCACCGGAGCGGGACCGAAUGCUUGUCGCGUUUGCCGGAGUGGGUGGCUCAUGGACAGUCAGCGAGGUGGAUGCACGGAUAUUAAUGAGUGCAUCACGGCCAAUACCUGCACUAAGCAUCAGUUUUGCGUGAACAACGAGGGAUCGUUUAGUUGUCUUGAAUGUGAUAAAUCCUGCGACGGUUGCGAUGGAGAUGGACCAGAUAUGUGCAAGAGCUGUGCCGAUGGCUUUGAGUUGAGAGACGGCAUGUGCACUGAUACAUCGAACGAGAAACGCAACCAGUAUGUCAACUUUACCCGAUAUCUCACGUAUCUGGGCUUAUGUAUAGCAACUUGUAUCGUACUUCAGAGUUCGACGUGGCUAGCAGCUCUCGUUGGUUUGGCCGUUGCCGUCUACAUCUCGGUGUCCGAAUACUGGCUAAAUACCAGCCCGCAAGGCACCCCAGCUCCCUCACCAAAGAUACUCGAUGACAUUCUGCAGCAGCAGUAGGUUGAUUUCUUCAAUUGCAUACGACGGUGCGAGCAUCUAAGCGUCUCUAAGUCAGGAACUAGAUUAGUUAGGGUUGUUUCGAUACCAUAUGAACUAAUUACGAGCCAGAAAAAAAUGUUGCGUGAAGUUAGUUUGACAAGCACUGUUUUUUUUAACAGAGCUGUGUACCGCGUGUGAUAGAAGUAAUUAGCGCAACAAAGAGACAAUUCAAAGUCGAUCCAACCAAACUGAUUCCAAUCAGUAUGUAGCCUAUCAUAGUUGAUAACGGAAAUGUGUAGACUAAUAAACGAUAUCGAUUCAAAAUGA